GUUUGAUAAUUAUAUCAAUAGAAAUUAAGUAGUAAGAGAUGCCGUUCGAAUCAAUGAAAGAAUCAACUAAGCCUUACCGGCGUACGCCAUUGUAAUUGCUUGCAAACAAACAAAUCCGCCAUUUGUUUUCGAGUAGAAUCAUAAUUAUUGCAAUCAUAAUUUUGCGUGACUUUGUUAUGUUUCGGCGUUUCUUAAAAUACUCUUAUGAUUUACGAUAUCGCAAAAAGUAUAGCGUAGUGGAAAUUACAGGUAGCAAGAUGGAAGAAAUUCUUUCUACAGCGUUGCGCUCCCGCGUAGAAAGACUGAAAGAAACUGUAAAAAUAACGGUAGAUUUACUGAACAAAGUCGAAACAGGAGUAGGAGUACAACAACAAGAAUUAGUUGUAAAUAAGAUCGAUCUAAAGAGUAAAUUAACUCAAUUUCAAAUCCAAUUGGACAAAUACAUAAAUCACGUGACGAACCCACAGAAAGAAUUUUAUCAAGAAUGUGACGAACUACAAAUUCAAGCAGAGGACGCUAUAACGAAGAUGGAAAUAGUGCUCAAAAUUUAUUCCGAAGAGAACAACACCCAAAAUAAAACUAAACUACCCAAAUUAGACUUGAUCAAAUUCAAUGGCGACAUUUUGAAAUGGAACUCGUUUUGGGACAGAUUCGUGGCCAAUGUAGAGAAUAAAAAUAUAGCGGACGUGGAGAAGUUAUCAUAUUUAGUAGGUUCUUUAGAGGGUCCGGCACUCCAAGCAAUUGAAGGCUUGGAGACGACUAACCAGAAUUAUGAGGUCGCAACUUUAAUUCUUAAAAAUAGGUUUGGGAAGAAAAAUAACGUAAUAGAUGCUCACAACAAAGCCUUAUUAAAUCUGGAACGAGCCCAAUCUACUAUUGAGUGCCGAAAAAUAUUAAAUAACAUAGAUACUCACCUACGGGUAUUAUCUGCAUACGGAGAAAACACCGAAGCAAGCUAUUUGCGAGGGAUUAUAUUAGAUAAGUUUCCAGAAACGGUAUUGUAUCAGGUUAAAAUUUUAAUUUCGGAAGAAGAAAGUACAGACAGCAUAAAGAAAGCACUAGAUAAGGUCAUAACGGCCAUGGAAAGAAUAAAUAUACAAACACCACAAACGCUACAAACAUCAACGUCCGGAUCUACAUCAACAGCUGCUUCAACGUCUGGAUCUAUUUCGACAGCUGCUUCAACGUCAGGAUCUACAUCAACCCUACUUAAAGUUACAAGAGAAAGACCAGCAAAACGCAAGAGGCUGUUUGACAGAACUAACACAUUUAAGUCUAAACGUCCAAAAAUUUCAUGCAUUUUCUGUGGCAAAGCGGGACAUUACAAUGAUGAUUGUAAUGAAUAUAAAACAAUCAAAGAAAGGAUAAGUAGACUGCAACAAAGGUGCUUCUUAUGUUUCAAGAAUGGCCAUAGAGCCUCUAAAUGCUUCAGUAAAAGGAAGUGUCAUCACUGUAAUAAAUUACACAAUAGAGCUUUGUGCCCGCAGAAAACUAUGAAAGACUGCAGUAACACAGAUAGCAAGCCAGCACAACAAACACCUGACAUGUAGAUUACUUAUGGAUUGUGG